AUCUUAAGAAAUAUGAGUACAGGGUUGGCAAAACCAAAGAAGCUGAAAUUGACAGAUUAUGAAGUGUUUCAAACACUUGGAACAGGUAUUGAGUUGCAAUUCUUAUCUUUAGGAUCAUUUGGAAGAGUUAAAUUGGCUAGAAACAAAUAAACAAAUAAAUAUGUUGCUUUGAAAAGUUUAAAGAAAGCUGAAAUUAUUAGAUUAAAAUAAGUUGAUCAUGUUAUUAACGAGAAUACAAUAUUGGGCAACUUAUCUCAUCCUUUCAUAGUAAAUUGAUAGAUUGAAUCAUUAAUAGGUCAAUUUUGAAGGAUUUUGUCAAGAUCCAAGAUAUUUAUAUUUAGUCUUAGAAUUUGUAUCAGGUGGCGAGUUAUUUACAUAUUUGAGAAGUAUUGGAAGACUUGAUACUUCACAUGCUGCGUAAAAAUAUUAUAUUAAAUUUUUAUAGUUUUUAUGCUUCAUAAGUUGCCUCAAUUUUUGAAUAUCUUCAUUCCAAAAAUAUUAUCUAUAGAGAUUUGAAACCAGAAAAUUUAUUGAUCGCUGAUGAUGGAUAUUUAAAAUUAACAGAUUUUGGAUUUGCUAAAGUAGUUGAAGGAAGAACUUACACAUUAUGCGGAACUCCAGAAUACUUGGCUCCAGAAAUCUUAUUAAAUAAGGGACAUGGUAAAGCUGUUGAUUGGUGGACUUUGGGAAUUUUAAUCUAUGAGAUGAAUGCAGGAAUCGAUCCUUUCUCUGAUGAGGAUCCUAUGGCUAUUUAUUAAAAAAUUCUUAAGGGCAAGGUUAAAUUUCCAAAAACUUUUGAUAAGUAUGCUUUUUUUCUUAUUGUAGAAAUGCUAAAUCCUUAGUCAAACAUUUAUUAGUUGCAGAUUUAUCAAAAAGAUAUGGAAACUUAAAAAAUGGUAUCUCUAUAGUCCUAAAUAUUUCAUAGGAGCUGCUGAUAUUAAGAAUCAUAGAUGGUUUGGAAAUCUAGAUUGGAAUUUGCUUACCCAAAAGAAAUUACCAGUUCCCUAUAAACCUGUUGUUAAGUAAUUAUUUUAUAAUUCCAAAAUAGAGCUGCAAAUGAUACGUCAAAUUUCUCAUCCUAUCCAGAAUCUGAUACCUAGAGUCCUGCUCUUAAACCAGCCGAUGAUCCUUUCCUUGAGUGGUGAAAUAUACAUUAACAUGAAUAAAUACGUAAAG